UUCAAGAAGCUACCAAGCAUCUGUCUGACAUCUCUGAAGUAUACGCUUGCCACAUUUCCACACCCUCUUCUGAAUAUGUCCAAGCUCCACGACUGCUCAUCCCACGAGCAUGAUGAUUCAUUACGUCGCCUCUCCCCAAUAUGCCUGGACAAUGAGCUCUCCAGCCGCCAUAUGUCCGGGAAACAGAAAUACGGCUGGAUCCCCGCCGCCUUCCCGAGCCAGAUGGCGCCGCCAUCGUUUCCAUCUCGUAUUCCCCUCCAUUUUUCAAUCGAGGAAUAUGACUGCCUACGGAGCCGGAUUGCGAGGGAGAAACAUCACUUCCCGUUAUGCGAUGUCAACCACUACCCGUUCAAUAGCCUGUCCGCCAUGGUUCAAUACUUCUAUAAGAUUGCCUCAGAUCGUCUAAAGGUCGCCGAAAUCGAGGACACGAGUACUGUCCAUCGUAUCAGAUGCCCCAUGAUGACCAUUCACCGUAGUACUGGGAAACUCAUUGAAUGUCUGACAACCAAUAGCCGGCCGCUGGACCUGGAACGCCACCUUCUUCUUCAUAUGGCCGAGCCCCCAUAUAAAUGCUGCAGUUGCGACCAUCGUGCUUAUCAGAAAAGUAACCUGGACCAGCAUAUCCGGACAAUGCACAUCAAGAAACAGGUCGAAUGCGUCUACUGUGGGGAGAGUUUCAAAGACAAGGCCGAUCGUAGUCGCCACUACCGCGCCGUCCAUGAUAUUGUGACACACCGAGCUCGGCGCGGCGAUGCCUGGAUGUAUAUGGACAAAUCUGGGGGCCGCAGGACUCCCAGUGACGCAGGCCAAUUGAGGAAAGCUAACUGGGGCGAAGGGAAGACAUAUCAUCCUUACAGCGCCGCGUACAAGGACUUCCCAUCCAUAAAGUGUCAGGGUGAGGCUGUUCCAUAUGCGCAGUGAUUCAGUCGUUAUGUCUGGCUUGGUAUCGCGGUGCUAGUUAUCUCUUCUAACGUCUUCCCUUCGCUAUGUUGUUGUCGAAUCUCUUGCCUCUCUGCUCCCUCACAGUUAUCCUAUGUUACUUAACUCCAGCCUCCGAGAUCUUCAUUCGUACUUGGUACCAUAGCCUAAUUGACUAAUCUGUUUUGUCUUGCUCUAGUUGGCUGCCCUAAAUCUCUCCUCUCGUAUCUGAAAUGAAGUUAUUUUGAAGCC